UUACGCUGUUGGAAGAGCUACCUCCCAAGUUCUAUUGAUAUAGCAGCCAAAUGGGUGCUUAGUUACUUGCACACUGGUCCAUGCCUUUCUUUGUAUUCAUUUUACUGGACUUAGUUGCAGACUGACUAAAAGGUUCCGAAACGCAGAGAUCUUGAGAUCCAUGGGGUGGUGGUCCAUUUUGCUUUCAUUGACUUACUUGGACGGAGGCUUAACCACAAGUUUGAUCUUACUAAAAAGACUUCGAACCUCUGUUGAGUUGGUCUUUAACAUCCUCAGAAUGAAGAAAAGUGAAACUCAGGUUGAAGGCUGGCGUCAUCAAGAUAGAGAUCUACACAUGCUAGUCCUGAAGCCAUUUGAAGCUACAGUAGGAGCAAAUGGGCCAGAGGUUAUGGAGGGAAAGGGAAGAUGGGUCAAUUAUUUGCGCCAAUCAUAUGCAACAUCGAAACGGCGGACACAUUGCGCAAAAUCUAUGUGGGAAUAGUAGUAAACCUAAUAAUCAGCGAAAGAACAUGCUUCAAGGAAAACCCUGAGGGAGAAGUGGAAACUUAUGUUCAGUCAAAGGACAUGCUUCAAGGAACUAACUACCUAGGAUGCUUGGGGUAGUGAUGACGGUGAAAGCCAGGGGGAAGCACAGAUUUAUGGCGUAUCAUCUCUGAACAUGCAGAGGUGUGUGUCUGUAUGCCACAGGACUGAGAGGAGGGUGUGGGAACUGGAAAAGCAGCUCGGGUGAAGAUGCUUGGAUUCUGCAUUUCGGAGAGAGCAGCGUGGCGGGGGUGCUUGGAUUUCUGCGUUUCUCCCAGCCUAGCUCUUGUUUUCUUCUCUCGCUCUCCAUGAGCACGACGGCAUGGGCUUGCCACUGGAUUCUGGGACAAGCAUCCAGAGCCGUACCAGGCGCAGUCUGGCGGCUUCUUGCAGCUGCAGAGAGCAAUUCUCGGAAGCUCGGGAUCUGCGGCGCGUUGGUCAUAUUGCUUAUGUGCAUCUUCCUUGAGGAAGAUGCACUGACUGGCCGUGGACAUGGGCAGUGCUCAGCGGUGGUUGCUUUCAGUACCAGAGCGGCUACCACCACCGGGAGAGGCCAAUGCUGGCAGUCACGAGACGCCAACUGGGUCAAGAUUUUGGUCCAAUCUGAAAAAUAGGCAAGUGGGUACUGUUUGUCCAAGUCAGGACAUUUUGGCCACUAAGAAUCCAGCGUGUAAAUUGUUCUUUGCUUCCAACAACUUACUGGACUAAUUUACACUGGCUAAGCAUAUUUGCAGGGGGGGUCUGCAUUCCACCCUGUCGUGCUGAGGGGGACUCGUUGUUUUCAGCCCCACGGAUCACAAGGAUAUGGCGUACUACAUUCCCGACUAAAAGACAUUCACAAAAUCCAUAUUUUGCCAUCACAAGGUACAUCCAUCCACCAAGGUGUCGAGAUACCAGAAUUCAAACCCGUGUGUACUCGGUAGAGUGUUACACUUUUUAGGCACCUAUAACUCAAACUGCCCCACAAAUAGGCGCAUACACAAUUUGCUAACAGUAUGUGCUAUACAUUGAUACGGCUUUGCUAUUCUUCAAGAGUAGUUAUUUCUGAGUCGAUCCGUUAUGAUCACUCUGACAUGGGGCAGAAAUGAUACUAUUGG